CAACCAUGAGUUUACCCCUCAACCCGAAACCUUUCCUCAACGGCCUCACAGGGAAGUCAGUGAUGGUGAAGCUUAAGUGGGGGAUGGAGUACAAGGGUUACCUGGUGUCCGUGGAUGGCUACAUGAGCAUCCAGGUUGCAAAUACAGAAGAAUACAUAGAUGGGGCACUGUCUGGACUCCUGGGUGAAGUUUUAAAAAGGUGUAACAAUGUCCUUUAUAUCAGAGGUAUUGAAGAAGAGGAAGAAGAGGGGGAAAUGAGGGAAGAGCAGCUUCUGUGUGGUUUUUUAAAUAUAUAUUUCUAGACAAUAAAGAUCUGUUUUUUUUUUAAA